AUGCUGCGCUGCAUGCCGCCGCUGUGGCGCUGUAACCGGCACGUGGAGGCGCUGGACCGGCGGCACUGCUCGCUGCAGGCGGUGCCCGAGGAGAUCUACCGCUACAGCCGCUCCCUGGAGGAGCUGCUGCUGGACGCCAACCAGCUGCGGGAGCUGCCCAAGCCUUUCUUCCGGCUCCUGAACCUACGCAAGCUGGGCCUGAGUGACAAUGAGAUUCAGAGACUUCCCCCCGAGGUGGCCAACUUCAUGCAGCUGGUGGAGCUAGACAUCUCUCGCAAUGACAUUCCAGAAAUCCCUGAAAGCAUCAAAUUCUGCAAAUCCCUGGAGAUUGCUGACUUCAGUGGGAAUCCCCUAUCCAGGCUUCCUGAGGGCUUCACCCAGCUGCGGAGCCUGGGCCACCUUGCCCUGAAUGAUGUAUCCCUGCAGAGCCUCCCCAGUGAUAUCGGGAAUUUGGCAAAUCUGGUGACUCUGGAGCUGCGUGAGAACCUGCUCAAGUCCCUCCCCACUUCGCUCUCAUUCCUCGUCAAGUUAGAGCAGUUGGAUCUUGGUGGCAAUGACCUGGAAGUGCUGCCAGACACUCUGGGAGCACUACCGAACCUGCGGGAGCUCUGGCUAGACCGAAACCAGCUCUCGGCCCUGCCCCCGGAGCUGGGGAAUCUUCGGCGCUUGGUCUGUCUGGAUGUGUCUGAGAACAAGCUGGAGCAGCUGCCCAAUGAGAUCAGCGGGCUGGUGGCACUGACAGACCUACUGCUGUCGCAGAACCUGUUGGAAUGCAUACCUGCUGGGAUUGGUCAGCUGAAACAGCUCUCCAUCCUAAAAGUGGAUCAAAAUCGGCUGGCUGAGGUGACCGAGUCGAUUGGGGACUGUGAGAAUCUCUCGGAGCUCAUCCUGACAGAGAAUGUGCUGACAGCCUUGCCAAAAUCCCUGGGGAAGCUGACAAAGCUGACCAAUUUGAAUGUGGACCGGAACCGGCUGACAGCACUUCCCUCUGAGAUUGGGGGCUGUGCCAGUCUGAAUGUGCUGUCCCUGCGUGACAACCGCCUGGCGCUUCUGCCUCCCGAACUUGCCAACACCACGGAGCUGCAUGUGCUGGAUGUGGCAGGGAACAGGCUGCAGAACUUGCCCUUUGCCCUGACAAAUCUCAACCUGAAGGCCCUGUGGCUUGCAGAGAACCAGUCCCAGCCCAUGCUGAAAUUCCAGACAGAAGAUGAUGAGAAGACGGGCGAAAAGGUUCUUACCUGUUACCUGCUGCCCCAGCAGCCAUCUCCCAGUCUAGAGAAUCUCCUGCAGAACAGCGUGGAUGAAAGUUGGACAGACACCAACUUGAACCGGGUCAGUGUGAUCCAGUUUUUGGACGAGCCCAAAGCUGAUGAGGAGGAGGAGGCUGGAGCUGAGAAGAGAGGCCUGCAGCGCAGAGCAACUCCUCACCCUAGUGAGCUGAAGGUUAUGAAGAAAGUGAUCGAAGUUCGGCGCAAUGAGAUCUAUUCUGCGAAGCCCGAUGUGGACCUGGAUUCUCCAAACUCAGAGGUGAAGAGGCUGAGUGCCAUGUCCAAUCGCAGCGAGGACUCGCAUGUCUCCAACAGCACUGUCUCUGCCAACUUCAGGGAGGAAGAGGAGGAGGAGUGGGGAGGGGGAGACAGGCUGAAUGGGCAAGUGCCCGAAACACAGGAGCAGGAGAAUGAGGCGAAGCCUGGAGCUAAAGAAGAGCAGGAGGUGGAGGCGGUGACUGGUCAAGAGGAGGAGCUGGAAGUGGAGUACAAUGAGCCCACAGUGCAUUUUGCCGAGGACACUCUGAUCCGGAGCGAGGAUGAGGAUGAAGACCGUCCGUUCCCAGUGGAGAAGCAGCGGCUGAUCCGCAAGGACACACCGCACUAUAAGAAACACUUUAAGAUCACCAAGCUGCCCAAGCCAGAGGCAGUGGUGGCGCUCCUGCAGGGGCUGAACAGUGACAGGGUCCCUGAGGAGGAGGAGGAGCUGGGGGGCUGCAAUAACAAUGCAGAGCCCGAGGAGCAGGAGGAGGCCUGGGACAAGGAUGAUGUGAAGAACGGAGCCUUGUCCACACAGCCGUCAGUCAAGGGGGUGUCGUUUGAUCAAGCCAAUAAUCUGCUGAUUGAGCCUGCUCGCAUUGAGGAGGAAGAGCUGACCCUGACUAUCCUGCGGCAGACAGGGGGGCUGGGCAUCAGCAUCGCAGGGGGCAAAGGCUCCACUCCCUACAAGGGUGAUGACGAGGGCAUCUUUAUUUCCCGUGUGUCGGAGGAGGGCCCUGCAGCCCGAGCAGGAGUCCGUGUUGGGGACAAGCUCCUGGAGGUGAACGGAGUGGGCCUGCACUGCGCGGAGCACCACGUGGCAGUGGAGGCGCUGCGUGGCUCAGGCAGCUCCGUCUCCAUGACGGUGCUUCGGGAGCGGAUGGUGGAGCCCGAGAACGCCAUCACGGUUACACCGCUGCGGCCCGAGGAUGAUUACAGCCCACGAGAGCCACGGGGUGGCCUGUGCUUUCCAGAGCGGCCUGAGGGGGCGCCGCCCACAGACAGAUUCUCCACCUGCCUCAUGCGCAAUGAGAAGGGGCUGGGCUUCAGCAUUGCCGGGGGCAAGGGCUCCACGCCCUACAGGGCGGGUGACACGGGGAUCUUUAUCUCGCGGAUCGCAGAGGGUGGUGCAGCCCAUCGGGACGGGACGCUGCACGUUGGAGACCGGGUCAUCUCGAUCAAUGGGGUAGACAUGACAGAAGCCAGGCAUGAUCAGGCAGUAGCGCUGCUUACCGCAUCCUCCCCCACCAUCGCGCUGCUGGUAGAGAGAGAGGGUGCACAGCAGCUCAGCGAGGGAGACUCACCAGUGGUGCAGCGAGUGCGCACGCACUCCCCACCACCACCUCCCAGCCAUGGGGAGAGCCCGCCCGAGGAGACGCCUCUGCUGCAAAGGAACCAUCUGCCCAAAGGCCUGGAGGACCAGUACCCCAUUGAGGAGAUCUGUCUGGUCAAAGCUGGGGGGCCCCUGGGGCUCAGCAUUGUUGGAGGCAGUGACCAUUCGAGCCACCCGUUUGGGAUUCAUGAACCAGGUGUCUUUAUCUCAAAGGUCAUUCCCCAUGGGCUGGCAUCCCGCAGUGGCCUGCGAGUAGGGGACAGGAUCCUGGAGGUCAAUACUAUUGACCUGCGCCAUGCUACCCACCAGGAGGCUGUGAACGCCCUGCUGUCCAGUACACAGGAGCUGAGCAUGUUGGUGAGACGAGAUCCUCCGCCACCUGGCAUGCAGGAAAUCUGCAUUGAGAAGGCUCCUGGAGAAAAGCUGGGCAUCAGCAUUCGGGGGGGAGCGAAAGGCCACGCUGGGAACCCCUUUGACCCCACCGAUGAGGGCAUCUUCAUCUCCAAGGUGAGCUCCUCUGGGGCUGCUGCCAGGGAUGGCCGGCUGAAGGUGGGGCUGCGGAUCCUGGAGGUGAAUCACCAGAGCCUGCUGGGAAUGACGCACACAGAGGCAGUGCAGAUCCUACGCAGUGUGGGGGACAAGCUCCUUGUGCUUGUGUGUGAUGGCUUUGACCCCAAGGCCGCGGCUGCCAUUGAGAUGUCCCCAGGAAUCAUUGCCAACCCCUUUGCAGCUGGCAUUGGCCGCAAGAACAGCCUGGAGAGCAUCUCCUCCAUUGACCGAGACCUGACCCCAGAGGAGCUGGAGAUCCUACAAAAAGAGAUGGAGAUGGUGAGGGAGGCGACUCAGUGGGAGAGAGAAGAAAUGGAGAAAGUGGAGAGGAUGCGUAGGGAGCGGGAGGCAGCCACGCAGCUCCUUGAGGAGGAGGCAGAGAAUAUCAGCAAUGAGCCUUUGCGACUGGACUAUCGGACCCUGGCAGCUUUGCCCAGCAACAACUUACCAAGAGUCACCCGUGCUCUCGUUCAGUGUGAUCGAGCCAGCUCUGGAAUGGAGAGUGACUGCGCUGUGCUGCCUCGGCCAGUGGCUCUGGACAGCCAGAAUUCAGACCCUGACCCAAUCGCAGGCCUGAGCAGCCCUGUAACUAGCCCACCCCAGCACCCGGCAUCACCUGGCAAGCACACAGAAAGGGCAGCCCUGGUCCUGCUGCACAUGCAGGAGCCUGUGGGCUGCCCCCUGACCCAGGACCAGCUGCCAAAGCCUCAGGAGCCAGAUCAAGAGAGUAUGGUCGACUCUCAACCAAUCCUCUUCAGUGAGAACCCCUUUGUGGUGGCUAAUCGAAGGGGGAAGGCAGCAGGCAAGGCCUGUCUGGGGGGCCCUCCCCUCGGCUACGGCCAGGGGGGAGUUCUGAAGACCAACCUUUACUCCAAGGCUCCAGCAGGCGAGUCUGGGCCUGGGAGCUCCAGGCGGGAUGCCUCUUACUCACCGAGCAGCCAGCAGCCACCUGCAGCCCUUCGGCCUGCUCACCUGUCAGGCAGGGAGACUCGCUUUGCUUCCAUAAACUUCAUCCCACUGCAAGAUGACAGCAAAUCACAGACCAAGCCGGGCGUCAUUCAGCCUCUCUCCCGGGUGCGACAAAAUGCUGCCCUGCCUAGUUUGGAGGGCAGAGACAGCCCCAACCCCUUCCAGCAACCUGAGUCAUGCUCCAGUGUCCAGAACUCUCUGCGUCCCCCCUCACCCCCCUCUCCUGAGGAUGUCCCAGUCAGUGUCAAGCAGGCAUACAAGACCUUUGCAGCGGUUCCCCUGUCACAGGCAAAUAAGGAGACGCAUGGUCAGACAAGCACCGAGAAACCUAAAGCUUCUCCUGAGAUGCUGUCGUCAGGGGGACUGCACAGCCCAGAACAGCGAUCCUUCCGUGAGAGGCAAAAGUACUUUGAGAUCGAGGUGAAACAGCAGCAGGUGGAGAAGCCCCCCAAGCGUGUCUCCCUGGUGGGGGAGGAUGACCUGAAGAAAAUGAAGGAGGAGGAAGCUCGUAAACUGCAGCAGAAACGGGCUCUGCUGUUGGAGGAGGAGGAGGAGGAGGAAGAGGAGGAUGUGGGGAAGCAGAUGCCUGAUAUGAGCAUGCAGUCCAGUGUCAUCAUCGAAGGAGUGGAGUACAAGAUCAAGAGACUAAAUGGAAGGAGCAUCCAGUCUCCGGCAACUCGGAUCUCUGAGGCAGAUGAGCACAGCAGCUCCCAGAGAAACUCACUAGAAGAAGGAUUCAAGCUCGAGCCGAGGCCUAACUCUAUGUCUGGACUGAUCCCAGUUUACCCAGGAGGGGGCGAGGCAGGGGCACCUGUGCGAACGGCCAAAGCUGAGCGACGGCACCAGGAGCGAUUGCGGAUGCAGAGCCCUGAGUUCCUAAGUACCCAGGAGAAGGAGCUGUCUCCAGCUGAGCGCCGGGCCCUGGAGGCAGAGAAACGAGCCAUGUGGAGGGCAGCACGAUCCUCCACUCUUGAAGACAGUAUUAAACAGUACGAGCAGGAUCUGGCCAGGAAGCUCUACCAGUCCCGACAGCGGGCACCUGCACCAGGGGCCAGGCCAGCUCAGGUGUCUAGCCCAGGGCAGAGUCACGUCUCAAGAACCCCUGGGUCAGGAAGUCAAUCCAGGAUGAAGUCUCUGGAGCAGGAUGCCCUCAAAGCCCAGAUGGUGAUUGCCAAGUCCAAGGAGGGGAAGAAGCGCAGCACACUGGAACAGCUGGCUGAAUCGCCUUCACCUGCUCCCACCCCAUCCCCAACGCUUCCAGAAGAUUGCAGCCCCAGGAAUGUCACUUCACCAGGGAGGCUGUCCAUGUCUGAAAAGAAGUUUGACUACCGGGAAUUUGCCGCUAUUCCUUCUUCCAAACCUGUUUACGAAAUUCAGUCACCCGAAGCAGUUGGCAAUCUCAGAUACGUGGAUGACACAAAUAGCACAGUUCCCCAGGAGCAGGGUGGGCCAGCAGAGGAAGAGGAGCUGUUAGUAACUCACGAUUCCUCAACACCCACCACAUCAGCACUUGAAGAAAUGGCUCUGUACAGCAGCAAGCGCAAACUCCGACACAGCCGUCGCAGUCUGGAGGCUGCUGUCCCCACAUAA